AUGAUGACAUAUACGGAAGCCGCGCCACGAGAGGCAAGAACAACCGCGUCACAGACACCAUUCCAGAUUCAACACGACGAAGCAGACGGCGACACACUAGCAGAUCGAUAUCAAGUGCUAGAAGAACUGGGUAGUGGCUCGUUCGGUGUUGUUUACAAAGCAAUCGAAAAAGCCACUGGAGAAAUCGUCGCAAUCAAACAUGUAGAUCUCGAAUCCUCCGAAGAGGACCUUUCAGAUAUCCUAUCCGAACUCUCAGUCCUCUCCUCCUGCGCCAGUCCUCAUGUCACAAAAUAUCGGCUAGCUUUCCUACGACGACAAACUCUAUGGAUAGUGAUGGAGUACCUGGGUGGUGGAUCCUGCGCUGAUCUCCUCAAACCCCCUCCUCACUGCCUAUCUGAAUCUCACAUCGCUAUCAUAUGCCGUGAACUUCUGCUUGGUCUCUCGUACUUGCAUGGAGAAGGGAAACUACAUCGAGACAUCAAAGCUGCAAAUGUUCUAUUGGGUAUGGACGGACGUGUCAAAUUAGCGGACUUCGGUGUUGCUGCACAACUGGUUGGAUUGAAGAGUGUCAGGAACACAUUCGUCGGAACACCUUUCUGGAUGGCUCCGGAAGUCAUUCAACAGGAAGGUCACGAUGCCAAAGCCGAUGUAUGGAGUUUGGGCAUUACAGCUAUGGAACUGGCCAAUGGUGAACCGCCUCAUGCCAACGUUCAUCCAAUGAAGGUUCUCUUCUUGAUUCCCAAGCAAUCCGCCCCAAGACUAGAAGGAAGUCAAUGGUCCCGAGAUUUCAGAGAUUUCGUCGCAACAUGUCUGACCAAAGAUGUCGACAAAAGAAGUAGUGCGAAAGAAUUGCUGAAGCAUCGCUUUAUCCGAUCUGCCGGCAAGAUUGAAGGACUUCAAGAAUUGAUUGUCAGAAAACAGGAUUGGGAAGCUGGCAAGGGCGGCGAACGUAAUCUGAAGUACUACGCCGAAACACUCAGAAAUUUGUCAAGCCAGAAAAAUGAUGACGAUUGGGUUUUCGAAACGAUCAAGGCGGUACCGACAGUUGAUCUCCGUGGUAUUCAAACCCAGAAACGACGAAAGAUUGAGCGGCCCGGUGUUGAUAUCCAAGGUGAUAGUCCUACGGACAGCGCCACACAGAUGAUGCGAGACCUUGCGCUGAAUCAAGAUCGAAACGUCGAGUCUAGUCCGAUGAAAUCAACAAUGCGCAAGAUCUCCCAGUCCAGACGUGACGAAUUGGUAUCAGGCGAUACAGCUUCGGUAAAGCGAACAGCAAAGAAGAGAAUAUCCAGCGCACAAGCCCGACAGCCAUUGGGAGUCAAUAUGUCCUUCGGCAACAGCCCCAGCACUGUUCGACAAUUUAGAAGAGUGUCACCAAGCGCUUUGAGCAACACCAACGAAGAAAAUGAGGAUCCAUGUUCUAGUGUUAUAAGGACACCCUCAAAAGCAAAACCAGCUUUGCCCCAAUUUGCAGAUAUGGACCACUCCUUUCUUCAAGAGUCAAAGGUUGAGAGAACCUCCCGGUUUCCAUCCACGGCAAGCACCAUUGUAUCCGAGUCCAAAGAGGCAAAGCUUGGCCGGAAACUUUAUGCUAAUGCAAUUGGAAUAUCUUGUCAAGAUGUUUUGAAUGACACAGGUGACGAAGCAAAGCGGGAAGCCAUUGCUCGAUUGGCUGAGGCGUUCUCAGAUCUCGAAAAUGUUGAUCCUGAUGGAAUGUACCAUAUCAUGAACUCAAUCAUCAAGAAUAUGAAAGAGAAUAGCGAUCUGAAAAACAUGCUGCCUUCAACACCAGCACCACAGUCUUCGACCACAACUCAGCCAUCAGCUGCUGUAUCACAAUCCGAACAGCAGAUGUCUUCACCAAGCAAACCUGACAACAGUGUAUCAGCAUCUCCUAUUUCCGCUAAUGCUAGUCGCCAAGUCACACCCAGCACACCGACUCGAGGAAAUGUUGGUGCAAAAUUACUUCUUGCACAGAAUAACCCCCACUUGAAGUCUCAUCGACGAAGACAAUCCGCUCAAGCCGCCAUCAGCAGAUCAAGGGACACCAGCUUCAAUACUAGUGGUAUGAAAAGUCCUGAGAAGAAGAAGACUUCUUUGACAAAUGAAGAUGCCGAUUUGGAGAGAGAAAUCGUUGAGGGUUUCAAAGGCGGGUUGGAACACAAUCGGCAAAUCGCAGAUGUUUUAUUCGACAGAUGGUGCGAAGGUUUGAGAGUGAGAUGGCCUGCAGUCUAA